AGAAAUUUUCAUCACCGGCAGAGGAUGAAAAACUGACGGCUUAAAAAGUUUUCACUACCAAUUUCAACAAACUUCCCUAGAUAAAAACACCUGUCAGUAUAUUUUCAAUCUCUUCUGAAAAAACUCCCAAAAAGGUUCUAAUCAAAAUACCAAAAAACUCGACAAAUUUUAAAAACUGCAGCGAACCAAUGUCAACGACGGCCAGUCUAGAUAGAUGUUCGUGCGGUUCACCAACUCAGUCCAGAGACCAUCUAAAAAUGAAACAGCAGCAACAACAACAGCAACAACAACAACCCCAACAACAACAUUCCAACGACACUAGUGGAAGCAUCAAUCAUGACAUUAUAAAAGAGAACGCCAUAAAAGACCAACAAACUACGCGAAACGUGGCGGCAGUAGUGCAAAUGAACAACAACUGCAGCAACGACAAAUUCAUAAAUUUGAAAGACAAUGGCAUUUCCGACACAAAGGAAUUUAUCGAUUCGAAAAACGCUUCGACUGUCGCUACCAUGACGACUACGUCGAAAACAGAGCGAAAUCUCAUGACCUCUCGAAGAAGAAGCACAUUAAACGUCUACAAGAAAAUGUCUGCAAGUAAGAGCUCACCUGUUCGCAAUAAUAAAGAAAGUGAAAAAAGUAUUCCUGGUGUUAAUAAUGAGAAAAUUAACGAUGAACAAAUUAAUGAUGAGAAUAUGCAAGCCUCAAAUGAGAAUGAACGUUCUCUUAUGGAAUCAGAUCCAUCUUCUAGCAGGAACUACUGCAAAAAUGAAACUGCAAACAAAACUGAAAAAGAUUUAGACUACACAGCGCUUUCGUACGAUGUCAAUUACGUCAAAGUAUCCCCACCCAGACUUACCAGAAGACCGAAAAAAUCAGAUGACGGAAAUGACGUCGGCAACAAACCAGACGUCAAACUAGAGAGUUCUUUCGUGAAAAGAGAUAAGAGCCAGCCGAAAAGGUUGCAAAAGGCUCCUGCAAAAAGUCCCGAGAAGGAAAUCGCUGGUGAGGAUGAAAAUGAAAUCGUUGCAAAAAAUUCCACCUCAACGAAAGAAAAUGAUUCUCAAAAUGUUUUGGAGCUAACGUUCACCGUUGUUUUAGAUAAGGAGACGUUAAAAAAUGUUCGGCGAAACAUCAAUCUAUCUGAAAGUGACGAAUCUGACGAUAAAAAUCGGACUGAAGAGGUUCAAUUAGAUGAAACGUCUCAAAGAAUUGUUGCUGAAACUAUCACGGAGGUCUUGGCCAAAACUGGUCAGCUUGGAAAUGUCAUAAAUUCAAAUGCAUUAAAUUCCAGCAUGAAUCUAGCGAGUGUUAACAAUGAUAAAAACGAUUGUACCCUGACGAAAAGUAUGAAUGUAAUAAAUGAACCAAAUUUCGACAAGUACAAAUUGAAUGAAAAAAUUCAUCAGGCUUCAGAAGGCACAAAAAAUAUUUCAAGUUUGAAAAAUGUGCAACCAUUUGACGUCAAAUUGACAGACAAAACACAGAAUGCAGAAGUAGCACAAAAAGAAACAACGCAGUUGACUUAUCAAACGUUGGAACGUCAACUGCCAACUAGAACUUCGUCAAAUCAAACUCAGCACCAGAAUGCGAGCCAGAGACAAUUCAAAUCGCUUGACGAAACGUACAACAGCAAAAAGUAUCAGACUUUGAGUAACUUCAGUCCCAAGCAGAACCGCAUCGUCACUAAAGCUCAGGUCCACGCCUCAUUCGACGCUGAAUGUCUUCCAAGCAAAAAUAAAAACGAUCCUCACUACUUCCACGGAAGGUUCGUCUCAAACAUUUGUGAUUAUGGAAAAGAAAAUCAUCUUUCGGUCAAGAACCACAAAAAAUAUCCGACGAACGGAUAUUUUCAAGAAUGGAGCGGGCAUUCCAUCAACAACAUAGCAGUCGAAGACGAACAAACGCACAUGAAUUGGGACGACUUGAUGAAGGAAGCAAAAUCGCUUGGCAUUCCACUGAAAAGGCCUGGAGGUAAUGAGGAGAAACCAAAACGAAGCAGUAACUCAUUCUCUAACAGACUGUUAAGCAGUUUCGGGACAAACGCCGGUAACAGAAAGUCCGAUAUGAAUAUGGCGAAAUCGGUAUGUGGAGGUGAGCUUGGUCGGAGUGUUUAUUUUGAUGACUACGACUAUCGCACAUCAUCUGUCGUCUACCACUGCUCGUACGGCCCUAAAAAAUCCAGUCCGUCAAAAGAAAAAUUGAGAUUAGUUGACUUUUUGUUUGGUCGAAAUAGAAAUACGAAAAGUUUCGAUGAAGAUUGUCCAUUGUGCAAGAAACAGAGCAGCUCUCAGUAUGGCCAUCAUUCUUGCUCCGGUCACAACUACUCUAAAACAGCCUCAUCAAAGAAAUCGGCCUUUUCAAAUCUGCACAAACAAAGCAAGUACAGAUGCACUAAGAACUCAUGCCCGGAGUGCGUUUGCACUUGUUUUGACGCUUACCACAAGACAGGUGCCACCAGAUCGUCCUCAUCGCCGCCACCAGCCUCGACGCUCAAAAUUAAACACAAAGAUGGCAAUAACAACAAUUAUUAUGAAGGUAAGUUGAAGGAAUGCUAUAACAGUCAACAUGUCGGCCAGGUCGGUAUCGUCGGUAAAGUUUCAGCUCCAUGCAAGUCGGAUAGCUGCUGUCAAGAGUACUGGGCCAACAACAACCACAACCACAAUUAUAACACUAAUAACAGUAUUAGUUAUAACAUUAAUAAUAAUUUCGUCGAUGCUUAUAAUCAGCUGGACGCGGGCUAUAGGUUAGUUAUAGUUACGGAGCUAAACAUUUACAACCGUGUGGAAUGAUUUUUUUUCAAUAAACAUUAUUGUUGUCUAUAUUUUUAUUUUUACUUUAUUACGAAUUGAAAUGAAAUACUGAUACUUUUACUGCUAGUAAAAAAUAGUAUUUAGUA